GGAAAUUAAAGAUCUAAAGUGCACCGCACUGUUUGGUAAGCUUGAAAGCUUGAAGCUUCUGACAAUCGUUCGGUGCUUCUGACAUUGGAUUUGGAUUGUUUUGAGUGUUUUUUCUUCGGUUUUAAAGGAAAAACUUAGCGAAGAAUGGCUUCAGAAGAUAAGGCAUCCAGGCAGAUUUUGGACUGGAAGCCGAAGGAACGAGCCUCUUGUGCCGAGAGUAUUUACGCUAGAACCGCCUUUGGAGCGCCCAUUGUUGUAAAAGAUGCUAGUGAAACAGUUGGGCCAAAAGGACCAAUUCUACUUCAAGAUGCCCAUUUCAUCGAAGAUAUGGCCCAUUUCAAUCGGGAGCGCAUUCCGGAACGGGUGGUCCAUGCUAAGGGAGCAGGAGCGUUUGGCUACUUUAAGGUAACUCAUGAUAUUACGGAAUACUGUGCGGCCAAAGUAUUUGAGGGCAUUGGGAAAACGACUCCAAUUGCAGUACGGUUUUCUACCGUAGGAGGCGAAGCUGGCUCAGCUGAUACUGCUCGCGACCCGCGUGGAUUUGCAGUGAAAUUCUAUACUGAGGAUGGCAAUUGGGAUCUGGUGGGAAACAACACGCCGGUUUUCUUCAUUAAAGACCCCAUUCUCUUCUCCAGUUUUAUUCACACUCAGAAACGAAAUCCUCAGACUCACCUGAAAGAUCCAAAUAUGAUGUGGGAUUUCCACACCUUACGACCCGAGUCUAUACAUCAGUGGAUGUUCCUAUUUGGAGAUAGAGGAACUCCUGAUGGAUAUCGACAUAUGAACGGCUAUGGAUCGCACACGUUCAAAUUAGUGAACAGGGACGGAAAGUAUCAUUAUUGCAAAUUCCAUUACAAAACCGAUCAAGGGGUUAAGAACCUGCCGGUGGAAAAAGCUGAUGAAUUAGCUGGAAGCGAUCCGGACUACGCCAUUCGCGACUUGUACAACGCCAUUGCCAAUAAGAAUUAUCCCAGCUACAGCAUGUACAUUCAGAUUAUGACUCCUGAGCAAGCACAAACCUCAAAAUUCAAUCCGUUUGAUUUGACGAAAAUCUGGCCUCACAGCGACUACCCAUUGAUCCCAGUUGGCAAAUUGGUGCUGGAUAGGAACCCAGAAAACUAUUUUGCCGAAGUGGAGCAAAUCGCUUUUAACCCCGCCCACAUGGUACCGGGAAUUCUGCCAUCUCCAGAUAGAAUGUUGCAAGGUCGACUUUUCACCUACGGAGACACUCACAGAUACCGUCUGGGCCCUAAUUACUUGCAACUACCAGUUAAUUGUCCCUACAAGGUGAAGAAUUACCAAAGAGACGGAAAUAUGGCUAUUUCGAAUCAAGGAAAUGCGCCCAACUACCAUCCAAACAGCUUUUCGGGACCGAAAGUUGAUCCAAAUGUGAAAGUAUUAUAUCCACCCUAUACAAUAACGGGAGACGUUAACAGAUAUGACGAACCUAUGAAAGACGAGGACUUUGAACAACCGGCCGCUUUAUGGCUUCGGGUUUUGGACGAAGACGCAAAAACUCGUCUAGUGAAUAACUUGGCUGGUAGCCUUAAGUCGACUGCAGAUUUCAUUCAAGAAAGAGCGGUCAAACUGUACUCCAGAGUUCAUCCGACGUUGGGCAGUAGGCUGGAAAAGGCGCUGAAUCUUGCAGCUCGUGCUAAAGCGAACUUGUAACUUGAUAUUUGGGAAAAAUAGUUCUUAUGUAAUUUUUCACAGCAGUCUUUAUCCGAUUUUCAUGCAUAAUAUUAUCACAAAGUGACUCAAUUGCUGACAAAGCGAAUGCAAAGCAGGAAAACAAACACUUUUUAAAUGCCGUUGCAUCCUAAGUGCACUUAAGGUUUUUUGAAACCUGAUACUUUUUUUGAACGCACAUUUUACAAGCACUACAAGCGUUAAUAACCAAAUAAAUAAAAACGAAUUAUGGAUAGAAUGCGGACAGUUAUUAGAGUCUGAUUGAUUGACUGAUUUACUGUGAUAUUGUUGUAAAAUUCGAUGAUUUUUGAUCUAUUACACUGAAAAUUGGCUCAAACGGAUUUAAAAAAUGCUGGAUUAACGCGUGUUAAUAUGUUUGCAGUAUGCAGGAGGUUUUAUUAUAAAAUUAACAAUGUUUUUCAGUUAAAGGUACUAAGAAGCGCGUUCUUAAGAAACAGACAUUUAAAAAUAACUAAGAGUUGAUGAAAAGAAGUCAGUCAGAAACACCAAAGUGAUGUAUUGGUUUCACUUUUAUGAAAUGACCUAUUUUCCAGAAACCCGUAUUUGAAACAUAUCUUGCAGACUUUAAAUAACGGUUGAUUUUCAGGUUCGUACCAUAUUUUCACAAAAUUCGCCUUGAAUGCAAAUGUAAAUUUUUUCUAGUGAAGGAAACUAGGGAAUGUUACAACUGUUGUAGAUUGCAAUAAAAACUGUGCUUUUCUUCUUUUCUUAUUAGUUACAUUUGUAAAUAUAAAAAUACUUGUUAUUUAAAUGUGCAUUUUCCGAGAAACAAUAAUUGAUUUGAAGGCGUUCUUUUAGAAAACUAUCAGUUAUUUUUGCUGCCAGAUGAUUUUCAAAUGCUUGUUUCUGGAAAAUAUUCCAGUUUGGAGAAAUGGGGCAAUUGCCGUUUUUACUGUUGUUGAAUAUUCUUUCGUUUUAAGCAGUUUUAAAGUGUAAGUUAAUAAAAACGCAAAUAAAAUCAAUUACGUUUUACUAUUGAAAACCCGUUAUAUGAACUAGGGACACUCUUGGGGUUUUUUAAGAAUGCCUCAAUUUCUUACAUUUUGUUUUCCUCAAUUUGUAUGUGCAGAUUAUUCCAUUUUAUAUUGAUUCUAUGUAUUUUAUUAGAUAUUUUCAAGAAUAUCCAGGAAAUCCUGUUUGUUUUCCCCGCAUUUUCUCGGAUAACAAUUGUUAUAUUUUUAUAGUCGUUUUAUAUUAUUGGGCAGUGUAUAGGAUAUAUGUAUAGGUACGUGUGGGUUUUUACAUUUAUAGUAAUUUUAAUUGGUAUUUACUCGAACUGUGUGGUGAGGGUGAUCUAUUAGUAAUUAUAUUUUAUUAUGUUA